CACUGACUUUCUGCAUGCAGUCGAACUCCCAGAGAAGCAGGAACAACUUCAUGCAAUUUACAAAGAAUUGGAGGAGCUUCCUACAGCAAACUUCAAUACACUAGAGAGGCUAGUUUUUCAUCUGGUCAGAGUCUGUAAAGAGGAAGCCCACAAUCGUAUGUCCCCCAAUUCCUUGGCUAUAGUUUUUGCUCCAUGUAUCCUGCGGUGCCCUGACAGUGCGGAUCCACUUCUUAGCAUGAAGGAUGUUGCCAAGACGACCAUGUGUGUGGAGAUGCUUAUUACUGAGCAAAUCAGACGUUACAAUGAGAAGAUGGAGGAAAUUGAGCAGCUAGAGUAUGCAGAGAAUUUGGCAGUAAACCAGCUUAAACUGAAAAGACAAAACACGGUUCACGAGAAAGCCAGCUCUGAUCUUAGUGUUGUACCUGAAAAUGAGCCUGUAGAUUCAGAAACGGAAGCAGAGAAGAACCUGGUUGAACGGAUUAAGUCCAUCAAACAAGAAAAAGAGGAUCUGGCCUGCAGACUUCCUGAGAUGGAGCAACCUGGUUCAGACCAGGAGAACUUAGAUUCUGAAGCCUCUUUGAGCUCAGAAAGUCUUUUGGAUGAGCAGCAGCGUUCUUCGGCUCACAGCUCAGAGCCUGAUGGGCACCUUUCUAAGAGAUGUAAACCGGUUUGUCCUCCCAAACCCUUGGAUCUGACCCUGCGACCCAGAUUCUCAACUCUGUCCAUUUCAAUCAGAGGCCUGAGCCCCACAGGCUCUGUCUCUCCUGUGUCGAGCUGCACAUCUCUAUCUUCUGACUCAUCCUUCAAAUCUUCAUUGAAACGACGCAAUCCUGUAAUUCCAGACACUGUCAAACUGCCUCCUGGUGUUGGGUCAAGGCCUGGUCAGAGUCGCACACUUCCAGAAACCUCUAGUCAAACAUUUAAGUCCUUGAUCCGGACGAGAGGACAGUCUGGUCGGAGGAAAGAAUCUGCUACUCAGUCCUUAUAUAUCAACAGCCCUGAGUGUGAAAACAUGCAUUUAUCCACGAGCCCAACCUCCUCCCCCAAACACCAGCAAGAAACUCAGAAUGGCCAGAGACGUUUUUCUGACCCUGACCUGCCCUAUACCAAUGAUAAUCUUUAAAAGCACAGUAUUGUGAUAAAUAACUUUUACUGGCAACAGCCUUGAAUUUACAGAAGAAAGAAGCUACAUGGAAAAAUGAUCCAAAAAAAAUAACAAUUCAAUUCCUUGUAUGAAUCAUAAUAAAACUGGACUACUUGUUGCCAAGCACCUUUUCUAUUAUUUUAAUAUAUUGUUAAUGCUGAUGAGACCUGCCCGAACAGGCGAUAUUACAAUUUGCCUAAAUGGAUCGGACAUCUUUUAUUUCACCUGCUUUCUUUUUAUGCCUUUGUGCUAUCUCAGAUUUAGCAGGUUCCAGUCGCACUUUUGUAGUUCUUAUUUCUCCUAAUGAGCAUGUGACUAACAUGCUCGCUGUCAUGUUAGCUAGUGCCUUGAUAUGUACAGUAAUGCUGAAAAACCUUUUGUAAUUAUUGCAGAACCUUUUUGUGAGAGAGGUUGUGUUAUUGAGUGUAACUGCCACACAGAUUUCAACUGAAACAACACAGUACGAAAAGGACCUACCAUAACAAAUGUGCUGCUUUUUAAUUUGUUACAGUAAAUGGGAAGACAUUACCUUGCAAUAGCAAAGGGAACCCGGAUCAGUAUGUCAUUUUUUCUUUUUUAAAUUAGAAGUAUUUGGCUCAUGUGCAAUGUUAUCCCCUCUGUUUCAUUAUAAUAUUCCAGACCUACAAUUCAGAUGGACCAUAACUGAAACCCGGAAACCAUGCCUGAUGUGUAUGAAUUAUAAUUUUAAUGUCCUACUCAGUCUGUUUUCAUGAUUCGUAUAACAACCAACAAUGUGGUUUGUUUAUAAAUGAGUUGGGAAUGAAUGGUUAGGACUGAAUGAAAAAAGGUAGUGUUUUUUUAAUAUUUACAUGCUAAUACAAAACAUAAUGCUC